AUGACCAUCAUUUUCUCUCUCCGGACAUUGGGAGUACUACUCGGUACUGUGAUAUUACAUACGAAGGCACAGUCUACGGUAGAGGAACCAUCAGCAGAGGUGGUUCUCCCCUGGAAUUAUGAAAGAUACUACAGCACGUCACCUAGCAGCCAGUCUGUUACCACGGCAACAGUUGCCACGACAACUGAAUCUAACUCCCUUUGGUCAUCAGAUGCAAACUUUUGGGACCAGUAUUCAGAAUAUUUCCAAAGUCUUAAUGUUGCUGCAUCUCCAGACGAGAAUAGUGCAGAGGCACAAUACUCCACGACGCCAGCUACUACACGUGCUGCGCCAACCACUACGCAGGCGCAGCAGGACGGAGAACAUGCGAUAGGGGGCGACACAUACUCUGACUACUGGACGAUGUUUCAGCAGUUGUUUGCACCCGACCAAUACAGCAGCCAACCGACCACGCCCAUCACAACCGUUAUGACCACUACAACAACAACACCGACACCAACUCCCACCGUGCCGACAACAGUAAAGUUAUCGGUCAACGACCCGUAUCAGGCAGGAGCAGGUUCACAUGACCCCUAUAAAAACUACUGGUUAUCGUUUAUGAAAGUCAUAAAGGAAAUAUACCAGUGGCAGGCCGCCAAUUCUGUUCGAGAUGUCAGUGCUACACCAUCGGAUUCGUAUCAGCCAGGCACCGUGGAUGAGCCUAGCACUGAGAACAGCCGGAUCCAAACCGAUGCAACACCUUCUGAAAAUCAGGACAUCGGUCAUGUCUCCCAAACUCCAGUCCCCGCCAGCUCUGUGGAAUCAAAGAAAGCUACUGUUCAGGGGUCAGCCCAAGUUGGUUCUCCGUCCCAAAGCAAACCAAUAGUUUACCGAGAACAGCCACCAGCAACACCGGAUGAAAGUGAUCCUGGUUUGGAAGGAAGACAUUCAGGAACACCAGAUGAAAGCCAGUCUGGCGGAGAGCACCUGUCCAUUCAGGCAUCUUCUGUAGAACACAGUUAUCAGGGCGUUGGACCCCCAGCGCCAUCUGAUGUGAGUUACCAUGAAAGUGAAACAGCUACCCCGGCGGAAAGCCAUCCCAGUCCACUCUACCAACAUUUGGAACUGGCGUCUCCUGAUGCAAGUGCUCCAGUAGCAAAUGCUCAAUUACUCCAUUCAGGGACUCGAGAAGAGGGCAGCACUAUCACCAACUACCAGUCAGACAUAUCAGCCCUUAAAGCGGAAGGCGUGCCUGUGGCAACUCCAGAUGAAGGCACUCCUGCCACAGUGACGUAUCAAGCAUCUGAACCAGGUACGGUCUCUGACAGUCAGACAAUGGAGGCCUACAUAACCGCAAAUCAUGCCAACCCGCCUGUAAGCCAAACCCAGCAUCAUGGAUACCGUACUAAUAUCAUGCACCAUCCUCCAAUACCAACUACUACCACACAUAGAUCCACUACCGGGACAACCCCUACUUAUCCUAUAUACCACGAGCAGCAAGUGUCAGCGGGAGAAGCAGAUACACACAAUUCAUACAUCCCCCUCUCCUACAAGUCACAGGAGGGAAGCUAUGCAACAAGUCAACACAAUACUCAAUCGAUGUCCUACCAGCAUCCCUCAGUGUCAACAUAUAGCACCGUAGCGACCACCACAACGACAACAGCGACGCCUAUCGUGAACGUUUACCCUCGUGUUGUAGAACAAGAACCAAAUUACGCAGUCCGACAACAAGCUAACCAGGCACUGCCUUAUGACUGGAUCUCCCCUUGGACGCUGUCAACCACUACCCCAUCUCCGCCGACAUAUGGGACGACCUAUUACCAGUCAACGCGGCCAUCCACCUACUCUCAGCCUGUGGAGUCCACAACCCGUGCUGCGCCUCCUCCCGUUACCAUGACUACCACGCCAGCUCCUAGUUAUUGGGACAACAGCGGCCCUGCUUCUGCCGGUUUACCCAAUCAUCCACCGACAAACUUAAAACCACACGAAGAAGGCACCGGGUACACUACGAACAGUCAAAUACACAGGCCAUACGUUUCUCCAAUAGUUCAUUCAAACCCUGGUAUUUAUGCACAGAGACCAUCGACAGUACCACCGGUGAAGCUCCACGAGCCACGUUAUGUCUACUACCCCAAGAGACCAAGGUCCAGAAAGGACUUAGUGCGUGACCCUAGAACUGGCCUACUUAAUUCACCCCCUGAAUAUCGCCCUCGACCCAAACCUAUUGUCAUGACAACAACCAUAGCUCCUCUGUUGUCAAGGAUACCGCCAUAUGGUGCCCCCUAUGACGGACGUGCCCGGAUGGAUCCGGUGUCAGAGUACAGGGCGCAGAAUCCUAUAGGCAGAAACGCUGCUAUGAUGGAGAUCCUUAUGCCGGAUGCUUAUGAGCAUUUCCAUGGUAACAGCUUGGAGUAUGGGUCAUAUCAGGAUGUGCGGCCGAGGCAGUAUAGUAAUGGGCAUGACAGGCCAGACCAUGCCUCGUGGGAAGUGGUGAACAACGUGGGGAAAUGCAGACAUAUAGCCGGAGCCUGCUACCUGCGAGACCCAGGUCUUUACCCACACCCUAAUAGACGCUGUUUUAUCCAGUGUGACUAUGCAGGGGGUAGUCACGUGCAGGAAUGUCCCCCGGGGACACUGUGGGGUGGCACCUCCACGAGACCCGCAGGGUACAACAUGUGUACCGCCAAGGCAAGGGCUCACGGAGCUUAUUGA